ACCAACCCCCAUAACCAUUUCUCACAAUACCCUUCAUUUACACAUUAUCAUCACCAAAAAUAAAUAAAAAAAACCUCUCAUUUCAGAGAGAGAGAGAGAGACUUCACAGACCAAAGUGCAGAGAACAACAAAGUUCACAACUUUAAGGAAAAUUGAAAUGGCCCAAGUGAGCAGAGUGCACAAUCUUGCUCAAAGCACUCAAAUUUUUGGCCAUUCUUCCAACUCCAACAAACUCAAAUCGGUGAAUUCGGUUUCAUUGAGGCCACGCCUUUGGGGGGCCUCAAAAUCUCGCAUCCCGAUGCAUAAAAAUGGAAGCUUUAUGGGAAAUUUUAAUGUGGGGAAGGGAAAUUCCGGCGUGUUUAAGGUUUCUGCAUCGGUCGCCGCCGCAGAGAAGCCGUCAACGUCGCCGGAGAUCGUGUUGGAACCCAUCAAAGACUUCUCGGGUACCAUCACAUUGCCAGGGUCCAAGUCUCUGUCCAAUCGAAUUUUGCUUCUUGCUGCUCUCUCUGAGGGAACAACUGUUGUAGACAACUUGUUGUAUAGUGAGGAUAUUCAUUACAUGCUUGGUGCAUUAAGGACCCUUGGACUGCGUGUGGAAGAUGACAAAACAACCAAACAAGCAAUUGUUGAAGGCUGUGGGGGAUUGUUUCCCACUAGUAAGGAAUCUAAAGAUGAAAUCAAUUUAUUCCUUGGAAAUGCUGGUACUGCAAUGCGUCCUUUGACAGCAGCUGUGGUUGCUGCAGGUGGAAAUGCAAGCUACGUACUUGAUGGGGUGCCCCGAAUGAGAGAGAGGCCAAUUGGGGAUUUGGUUGCUGGUCUUAAGCAACUUGGUGCAGAUGUUGAUUGCUUUCUUGGCACAAACUGUCCACCUGUUCGUGUAAAUGGGAAGGGAGGACUUCCUGGCGGAAAGGUGAAACUGUCUGGAUCAGUUAGCAGUCAAUACUUGACUGCUUUGCUUAUGGCAGCUCCUUUAGCUCUUGGUGAUGUGGAAAUUGAGAUUGUUGAUAAACUGAUUUCUGUUCCAUAUGUUGAAAUGACUCUGAAGUUGAUGGAGCGUUUUGGAGUUUCUGUGGAACACAGUGGUAAUUGGGAUAGGUUCUUGGUCCAUGGAGGUCAAAAGUACAAGUCUCCUGGCAAUGCUUUUGUUGAAGGUGAUGCUUCAAGUGCCAGUUAUUUACUAGCUGGUGCAGCAAUUACUGGUGGGACUAUCACUGUUAAUGGCUGUGGCACAAGCAGUUUACAGGGAGAUGUAAAAUUUGCUGAAGUUCUUGAAAAGAUGGGAGCUAAGGUUACAUGGUCAGAGAACAGUGUCACUGUUUCUGGACCACCACGAGAUUUUUCUGGUCGAAAAGUCUUGCGAGGCAUUGAUGUCAAUAUGAACAAGAUGCCAGAUGUUGCCAUGACACUUGCUGUUGUUGCACUAUUUGCUAAUGGUCCCACUGCUAUAAGAGAUGUGGCAAGUUGGAGAGUUAAAGAGACUGAGAGGAUGAUAGCAAUCUGCACAGAACUCAGAAAGCUAGGAGCAACAGUUGAAGAAGGUCCUGAUUACUGUGUGAUUACUCCACCUGAGAAAUUGAAUGUCACAGCUAUAGACACAUAUGAUGACCACAGAAUGGCCAUGGCAUUCUCUCUUGCUGCUUGUGGGGAUGUUCCAGUAACCAUCAAGGAUCCUGGUUGCACCAGGAAGACAUUUCCUGACUACUUUGAAGUCCUUGAGAGGUUAACAAAGCACUAAGCAUUUUGUACAUUGAGUAGGGAAGAGAGAGAGAUAUAUAUAAAUACUCACAAAGCAGUGAGUAUAUGGCUUGCUUUUGUUUCUAAACAUUCCUUUAUAAGGACUUGAGAUAAUUUGUAUUGUUUAAAAGAGCCAUUGGUUCUGUUGUAUCAAAGUAAUUUAAUUUUCAGUACCGACUUGGCUCUACUCA